AUGGGGCGCCACCAGCGCUCGCGCUCCGCCUCCGCGGGCUCCUCGGCAACGCGGACGGACAUCGCCGAGCUCGAUUUCGCCGCGGCCGACCUGGACUGCCCCUUCGGCCGUGUCGACGCGCUCGGUCCCGUGGAGCUCCGCGAGACCGCGUACGAGAUAUUCUUCAUGUCCUGCCGCUUGUCCGGCGGCCCUGCCCCUGGUGGCGCCGGGGCGCGGGGCGGCGGCGCGCCCGAGGGCGAGGUUUCGUCGCCGAUGGCUGGCGCAGGGCCGAGGGGAGGGGCUGGGGGCAGCGUCAUGGGCAGCCGGGUCAAGAAGGCGCUGGGCCUCAGGGCGAGUUGGUUGUCAUCGUCGGCACAACCGAUGAUGGCGCGCACGCUCAGCCAGACCUCGGGGCCUGCCUCGCCAGGGCGCGUUCGGCGGCCGAUGACGUCGGCGGAGAUCAUGCGGCAGCAGAUGCGGGUCACCGACCAGAGCGAUGUGCGGCUGCGCCGCACGCUCAUGCGCGCCGUCGUCGGCCAGGUGGGCAGGAAGGCGGAGACAAUCGUGCUCCCUCUGGAGCUCCUUCGGCAGCUGAAGCCAGCGGAGUUCGCCGAUGCCGAGGAGUACCACCAGUGGCAGUUCCGGCAGAUUAAGCUCCUGGAGGCCGGCCUCAUCCUGCACCCCUCCCUUCCCCUCGACCGCCUCCACUCCACUGUGCUCCGCUUCCGUGAGGUCAUGCGCGCCACCGAGAUCCGCGCCAUCGACACGGGCAAGAACUCCGACGCCAUGCGCGCCCUCACCAACGCCGUGCACGCGCUCGCCUGGCGCUCCUUCGGUACUGGCGGAGCGGCUGCCGCCACGGACGCGUGCCACUGGGCCGACGGGUACCCGCUCAACGUGCUCCUCUACGUGUCCCUCCUCCAGACCAUCUUCGACCUGAGGGAGUGUACCGUCGUGCUCGACGAAGUCGACGAGCUCCUGGAGCUAAUCAAGAAGACGUGGCCGACGCUCGGCAUCAACAGGAUGGUGCACAACGUGUGCUUCGCUUGGGUCUUCUUCCACCAGUACGUGGUCACCGUGCAGGUCGAGCCGGACCUCGCCGCCGCGGCUCUCACCGUGCUCAUCGACGUGGCGGCUGACGCCAAGCAGGGGAGCCGUGAUCCGGUGUACACCAAGGUGCUCCUGAGCGUGCUCGGCGCGAUGCAGGAGUGGUCGGAGAAGCGGCUAAUGGACUACCACAGCAGCUACGAGAAGGGCGUCGGUGGCGCUGCCACGGAAGGCAUGGAGAUCCUGCUGUCCCUAGCGCUUGCGGCAAGCAAGAUCGUCGCCGACCGGGAAGGCGCCGGUGAAGGGAACUUUGCUGGUGACCGUGUCGAUUACUACAUCAGAUGUUCGACCAAGAGCGCCUUCACCAAAAUACUCGAGAACGGACUCAGCGAGGCUGACAGCGUGAUCAUCGACCGCGACAACGACCCCGGCGUCGUCUUGAUGCAGCUCGCUAGGGACACAGAGCAGCUGGCCAUGUUCGAGCGCAGGAACUUCAGUCCGGUGCUGAGGCGGUGGCAUCCCGCGCCGGUCGCGGUCGCGGCUAUCACUCUACACGGCUGCUUCGGCGUCGUGCUGAGACAGUACCUCGCCAAGGUGACCAUCCUCACCGAGGAGCUCAUCUGCGUGCUCCACUUGGCCAGCAGGCUGGAGAAGGCCCUGGCGCAGAUGACGGCCGAGGACGCGGCGGACUGCAACGACGACCGAGCCAAGGCCGUGGUGGGCGACAUGGAGCCCUUCGAAGUGGAAGCCGUCGUCAUGGGCUUGCUCAAGAUUUGGAUGGAUGACAAGCUAAUGCUUGGCAGGGACUGCCUCCUCAGAGCCAAAGACACUGAGAGCUGGAUACCGAAGUCCAAGGAGGAGCCCUUUGCCAGGUCCGCAAUGGAGCUGAUGAAGCUGGCCAGGGCGACCGUCGACGAGUUCUCUGAGAUCCCGGCGAGCGCGAAAGACGAGGUGGUUCAAGACCUCGUUGAUGGCCUUGAAUUGACCUUCCAGGACUACAUCUCCUUCGUGGCAUCUUGUGGGUCGAAGCAGAGCUACCUUCCUCCGCUCCCGCCGCUGACAAGGUGCAACCAGGACUCGGGCUUCUUCAGGCUCUGGAAGAAGGCGGCGCUGCCAUCGUGCCAGGCGCCGGAGGGCAGCCCGCGCGGCGGCUCGCACCGUAUCCCGCGGCCGUCCAUCAGCCGCGGCACGCAGCGCCUCUACGUUCGCCUCAACACGCUCCACUAUGUGCUCACCCACGUCCAGGCCGUCGACAAGUCGCUCUCCUCCUAUUCCUCCUCGGCGUCCGGCGCACACUUCGACUGCACCCUCGCCGCCGCACGGUUGGCUAUCUCCCAGGUCGCGGAGGUCGCCGCGCACCGACUCAUCUUCCUGGAUUCGCGCCACUCCUUCUACCAGGGCCUCUACGCUGGGACCAUCGCCGACGCCCGCAUCCGUCCCGCGCUCCGCGCGCUGAAGCAGAACCUGUCGUUCCUCAUCUCCGUCCUCGCGGACCGCGCGCAACCAGUGGCGGUGCGGGAGGUGAUGAGGGCCUCCUUCGAGGCAUUCCUGAUGGUGCUCCUCGCCGGCGGCAACGACCGGAGCUUCACGCGGGCCGACCACGCCACCGUGGAGGAGGAUUUCCGGAGCCUGAAGCGCGCGUUCUGCACGUGCGGCGAGGGGCUGGUCCUCGAGGAGGUGGUGGUGCGCGAGGCCGAGACGGUCGAGGGCGUCCUUGAGCUCAUGGCGCAGUCCACGGACCACCUCAUCGACGCGUUCGGCGUGGCGACGUGCGAGGCCAUCAGGACCGGCACAGACGACGAUGGUGGCAGCUUCGGUUGGGACACGCCGGUGCCGCCCACCACGCGGCAGUGGGACCCCGCCGACCCGAACACGAUCCUCCGGGUGCUGUGCCACCGCGACGACGAGGUCGCCAACCAGUUCUUGAAGCGCACGUUCCAGCUCGCCAGGAGGCGGUGA